AUGGAAGCAAGUGGAAGUGCGAAUGGGUGCGCCCUUCAGCUGGAGGACCUUGGAGUUGAAGGGGGCAUCAGCAAGGAGGGACUCCGCCAACUGCUGGCAGUUCAGGUGGAUCAUGGCCAUAAUCUGGGUCUUGUAGCUGCGGAAGAUGCCGCAAGUGUCAGCUCGUGCAGGGAGGAACAGGAAGAGGAAGAUGAUGAGCCCGGCAGGAUGGACUAUGAUAUCCGAGAUACCUUCAAGGAUUCCCGCCGUACUGUCAAGAACUUUUUGGAUGUACACCAGAAAAUGAUUUUGGCCCUCUCCUAUGGGCUUGAGUAUGGGAGCUAUGCUGUGUUUAUUGACAACAAUGCCUGCGAUAAGGAGUUGCUUAGAACCGACGAGCAAUGGGGCAUCAUGCUAGGAGGGCACUACUAUAUGCACCACGCAAUGAACCCUGACUUGCAGAGCAUCCGAAAUGGCAUUGUCAUGGUCCAUGAGUGUGAGGGCUACACCAUGGGCAAAUCGGGCGGACUGGCCACUGCCAAAAGACUCUCCAUGGAGUUUUCAGCACAUUAUCCCACUUUGCACCGUGUGGUCAAGUUCUAUAACGCUGGCAUGUUCAUGAACAUUACGCUUUCUACCUUCAAACGAUUUCUACCCAAGCAAUUCAGGGACAAAUUUGAGAUUGGCAUGGGUCUGCCCAACCGUCUUGACACUUACUUUUUGGUUCCCACUCCCGAAGAAGCGCAGCACAGGACCUACCUUCGAUUAGUUGAGAAUCUGAAGGUCAGAUACGAGAACGAGGCAACCUUUUCCCUCUGA